UGGGACAGUGACCUGUCAAGUGUUCUACUGCUGGUUCACCUGCUCCCCCCUACGUCAAAAGGCCACAAGAAGAGUGCUAAGAUUAGCUCAUAUCAAGCUGUCAACCAUGUGGCGCGAUAUCUUAAGAUUGGAGCCAGUGUUGAGGCCUUCCUAGGGAGCUUGGAACCAGGACAGCCCUUCCUCCUCUGUGUGGGUGAACAGAAGAACAACAUUCAGAGGUUCUAUGUCAUCGUUGACCAGAAGGCCAUCCCUUGCAAGGCGCAAACAUCCCUGGCAGCUUUCGAUGAGCUUUUCAAGGCACACUUCAUCUUCAGUGUUAACUACCAUGAAUCCCUCAACAGCUUCUACACAUUCAUCCAAACCACAGUGUUUAACAUCGACUUGGGAAGUACCAAGGAAAGUCCCAGGGUAAAGGAACUCAGAGCAAGGCUGUUUCACACUAAUAUUUGAGCUGAUACACGUCCUUGUUUGCAAAUAUGCUCAUAUGUUUUAUUUGUAAGGCACACCAGAAAAGUUCUGCAUUGCUUUGUCAGCAUUUGAGACUUCACCAUGGAUUAUAUCCAGGAAAGACAUUACGUUUGAAAUGUGGACAACCGGGAUGUUCUUUAUCAUUUUGUACGUAUUCAGGGUUCAAAAAACACCUAGUUCGUUUGCACAGGGACACUUGUUCACCAAAUAAACACCUCGUUCGUUUGCACAGGGCCACUUGUUCACCAAAGACUAUUGACAAUGUGGACGCUCAAAGUGAAGGUGAUGAGCCUUCAAGUUCUCAGGCAUUCUGUACAGACACUCCAGUAACUAGCCGGACCUCUGUUGACAAGCAUCAUUUGUUAAACCUGUGUGGAUCUGUUGUAGCACAAUUGCAAGCAUCAGGUGUUGCUGAGAGCACUGUCCAAGCAAUGGUAGGGUCAAUGGAAGAGCUUGUAAAUGACAUUCAUGAGCAAACAAGAGAAGCUGUUCUCAGCUGUACUUCUUCAGAGAUUCAAGCAACCGAUUUGGAAGAAAAGGUGGAAAAUUGUUUUGAUCAAUUGGAAAAUCCUUUCUCAGUCUUAAAUACAGCAGCCAAACGACAGAAGUUCUUUGAGGAAAAGUGGGAAAUAGUUGAACCUGUAGAGUAUGUUCUUGGGGUGCGUUUUGAUUUGCGGAGAGAUCGGACAACAGGAGUUUACAAUCAGAUCCCUGUAACAGAUAAAUUUGUGUAUGUACCCAUCUUGGGAACCCUGAAAUCUAUGUUUAAGAAUAGUGAAUUAUGUGAAAGUUUCCUUCAAGUCAAGCAACAUAAAGAAGGUGUUUAUAAAGAUAUAUGUGAUGGUUCAUACUUCAAAAGUAAUGAUUUGUUUUCCCAGCAAAAACAUGCUCUACAGAUUCAGCUUUAUUACGAUGAUUUUGAGACGGCAAAUCCCUUGGGUUCAAAGAAAGGGAUACACAAGCUUGGUUGCAUUUACUUUAUAUUGAGGAACCUGCCCCCAAAAUGUAAUUCUGUUCUGAUGAAUAUUCAUGUUGUGGCACUUUUUCAUUCACAAGACCUGAGGAAAUAUAGUUUUGAUGAAAUACUAAAGCCUCUCAUUGAUGAUGUUAAAACACUAGAAAUGCAAGGAAUAGAGGUACCUUUCUCAGACUCACCAUUGCGAGGGACUGUUAUUCAAGUAACAGGUGAUAAUCUAGGUUUGCACGGAUUGUUUGGUUUGAUUGAAUCCUUCAGUGCAACAUAUUUCUGUAGAUUUUGUUUAACUACAAAGGAAGAGUCACAAUUUGUCUUCACUGAAGAUAACCCUUGCUUAAUUUUCCGUACAAAAGAAAUGCAUGCAGAACAUUGUGCAUCUCUACAGGAAAAUCCUAUGUUGGCAUCAACAUUUGGUGUCAAGAAGACAUGCUUGCUCAAUACACUAUGUUUUUACCACAUCUCUGAUAACUAUGCAGUUGACAUCAUGCAUGAUUUACUUGAAGGUGUAGUGCAGUACGAAUUGAAACUAGUAUUUCAAUACCUGGUCAAUAACAAGAACCUGUCUUUAGAAACAUUGUCACAGAGGAUCCAAAGUUUCAACUACGGUUAUAUUGAGCGAAAAAACAGACCAAGUGGGUUGAAAAUGGAUGAGAGUAGUAAAGAUCUGGGAUUGAAUGCAAUUCAGUCGUGGUGUCUUGUGCGAAAUGCUCCCCUGAUUUUUGGUGAUGUAAUUGAAAGAAAUAACAGUUACUGGAACUUGCUCCUCCUCUUGAUUCAGAUAGUGAAUAUAGUGUUUUCACCAGUUGUUACCAAUGGUUUGACGUAUUAUUUGAAGCAUUUGAUUAAUGAUCACCACAAGCUGUUCAGAUCCUUGUUUCCUGACAGAAGAUUAAUCCCAAAGCAUCAUUUUAUGAUCCAUUAUCCAAGGUGCAUUCGUAAAAUAGGUCCACUUAUCCAUGUAUGGUGCAUGAGGUUUGAGGCCAAACAUAAUGUUUUUAAACGAUCUGUUAAAAAUUUCAAAAAUAUCACAAAAACCUUGGUAAAACAACACCAGAGACAGUUAGCUUAUCACUGGGAGAAUUUUAAUUUUCAGCGAUUUGAGUUUGGUCCAGUGAGGAAAGAAAUGAUCGAUAACUUGGAGGGUGGUGAGAAUUUAAGUGCUAAGUUUCAGGUGAAUGCAUUUUCUGAUGUGUCAACUACUAAUUGGGUGAAAAACUUUGGAACGGAGUAUCAAAUUGGUAUGUUUGUGUGUAUUACAACAGAUAUGGAAAUUCCUGUGUUCAGAAAGAUCACAAAUAUCAUUAUUAAUGAAGAUCAAGCUUUUAUCUUGACAUGCAGAGUUGACACACUUUAUUUUGAUGACCACUUUAAUGCAUAUUGUAUUGAGGAGAGAGAUGAUUCCUUUUCUGUUAUUUCUAUUGAUGAGUUGAUUUAUUACAGACCGUAUGACAAACAGUUUUCUAAUGAGAUGGAUGAAAAAACAUAUGUAGUGCCACAUUGCCAUUUUGUGUGACCUGUGCUAGAGGAUUGGUUGUCCAUUUGUUAAUGUAAAGCCAAUGCUUUGUUGUGGAUGGUGUGCUUUUUUAAUAUACAGAUUCACUUGAACUACAA